AUGGCGCCAAUUCCUCUCUCCCAGCUUGACGAACCUCUUGCGCAAAGAUCCCCUCCCAUAUCUCCCUCCUCGUCCUCUGAUAAAGAAAACCCUCGACCACGAAGCGCUACAAAGCGCACUUCCAUCCAGAUGGCACCUCCCAGCUCCGGCAAACGCCGCCGCCUCACAGAUCGGGCUGCCGACCAGUCGCAGGGGCCCGCAUCCCAACGCGCCGGAGGAAACAAGUACUACGACCCUGAUCAGGAUCCAGAGGAGCGACGGGCGAAUGUGAAGAAAUACCGUGAGCUGGAGAGGGACGUCAAAGACUCGCGCACCGAGUUCCUCCAGUCAGGAAAUGACGGACUCCUCAAGAUCGUCGAGGGAGCGAACCGCAUCUUCGCCAAUGUCAAGCACCCGAAUGACGCUACCUUCGACUCGCGCCUCCUGGUCAAUGCAGCCGACCUUUCUCACAAGAAAACCUCCCAGCUUGUUGUCGGUGACACUAGUACCGGUAUCGAUGUGGAUGAAUUCGUUUCGAAAUGUAUUUCCUUCAUGCGACGCGGGCCCGAGUCGACCGCCCUCCCUACGGCGACACAGCAACGCCGCCGCCAUCGCCGAAGCCAGAGGGACCCCAACGCGAGCGAUGAUGACGAAGAAGGCGAUGCGAUGAACUGGGACUGGCUUGGACGAGCCGCCUGCCUACCUUUCAGUGGACGUCCGGCCGUGUCGGGUUUCCUGUUGGGCCCGCUGUCUGUCGAGAAGCGCUCGCGUCAAUUCAAGGAGCGCAGUCAACAUGAGCGCAUUGACCCCUCCAAGGCGAUUCAGCCUCAGGACCUACAACAGCGGGAUCUUGGAGAACAGGAGAGCUUCAACCUCACGGAGAUAUGCUCUGACAUCAAUCAUCGCCUCGCAGAGACAAUCACAGAGCGGGAGAAAGAGGUCGACGAGAAGCUCAAUCGGUUGUCAGGGGAGCCAACGCCCGAAGUUGUGCAGAAAGUCAUGGAUGAGAGUGGUAUCGCAGAUAACGGCGGGAUCCCUUUUUUCUCCUUCUGCAUCAACCCCCACUCUUUUGGUCAAAGCGUCGAGAAUCUGUUCUAUGUCAGCUUCUUGGUUCGCGACGGCAACGCUGGAAUUAGUACAGACUCUCGCGGUCUGCCGACCCUUCAUUCUGCCCAGCCCUAUGCGCCUAGCGAAGCCGUGCGAAGGGGAAUCCACAAGCAUCAGGCCAUUUUCCAUCUGGACUUUGACAACUGGCGAGAGAUCAUUGAUGUUUUCGGCAUCAAGGAGUGCAUCAUCCCCCACCGCGAGGAGAAAGAGUCUACCAGCGCUACCUGGUACGGCUAG